AUGAAGCUGUUGUCAGCAGUCAUUUCUUCAGCUUUAGCUGCCAGAGAGCCAGAUGCCGAAAGGCGACUCGAGAAGAUCACAGCUCGAGCAACUGAGCUCAAUGCCUUCGUCCAGUCCUACCCCCGAUCUACUCAGAAACAAAAAGAUGGCGUUGAAAAAUGGGUUGGCAGAGUUCUUGAAGACCUCAACAAUAUCGACACUUCCAAAUGUCCUCCACCAGCAGAAGAAGACAAAUUUGCCGACGAAAUCGAAACAAUUGACAAUCUAUGCGAGGACUCUCUGAAAGUUGCAUCGAUGAUCCGAAGCUACGCUAGAACAUUUGGAGUGAGCAUACGCUCUCAUAAGCUCAAAAAUGUCGCUCGUCGAGCUGGACGAUGCGAUACGUCCAUUGCGACCACGGAACCAGCCCCGACCGAGGAACCAACAACUCUUGCUCCAGUGAAAAGUGUCUGUGGCAAGAACAGACAUGCUAAAUGCAGAAGUCUCGGCAACUCGGAGAUAUUCUUCGAAAACGAAUGGACCUGCCGAAACUGCUUUCGAAUCAGAGCCUACUACGGAACCGGCGGCGGCUUCAAUUUCGACCCUUCGAAGGGCGAUUUUGUCAGCAUUAAGUUCACCGAGCCAGUCUUCUUUCAGAAAUGGAACCAUCCACUUACUGAGCCAGCUGAAAUCGCAGGAAGUAACAAGCACCACUGGAAAAUGAACUUCAAAAAUGACGGCAACUUUGUCUCUGGGAUGAUCGCUCCACUCAAAAACUCCGGUGGCGGAAACUUCAUGGUCAACCACUACCCAACCUGUACUCCCGGCAAAUGGAACAAAUAUCAAAUUGAACAACAAUAUACCGACGCUAAAGACACUCUUGAGCUGACCAUGUCGAUCGAUGAUGAAGUUGUCCUCACUAGAAUCGUGGACGUGGAUGAUGUCUACAGCGGUGAUCUCUUUGUCGAUGUCUCCAACGACUUCCACGAUUCUGCCACUGGAUUCAAAGGCAACACUCAAUUCGACGAGGUCGAAUACUUCGUCGACUGCGAAGAUAACUCCUGGACUAACAUCGCUGUCAAGCAAACUCAGGUUGAUUUUGGCCGACUCGAACUCACCGUCUUCCAAGAUGGAAACGCUCUCGGCUCCAACAUCAUCCAUCACACCGAUGCCUUCGUCGGCCCAGUCGAAGUCUGGUCCGGAAACAGCUGGUUCGAGCCCGCCAGUUUCUUCAAAAUUAAAAAUUUUAUCCACUCAUCGCGGCCUUACGAGCCUGAAUCAUGUGACGAAACAAUCGAUCCAUGCGAAGGACUCGAGAACUGCGAGACUUUCCAGGACAGCUGCUUAGUCGCUCCAUUCAGAGGAAACCGACUUGGCGAAUCGAACGGACAUCUUGGAUUCAAAAUCUCCGCUGAAGUUCAGUGCACUGACCGAGUCGCUCCUUCUUGGGAAAAUGUUCUCCACGUUCACACUGGCACCAACCGAGAGAACUUUGGUGAUCGAUAUUUCACAAUCUGGAAAGAAGCCAACAAACCCGAUGGAAUUAGAAUUGUCGCGCCUGCUUUUGAAAAUGCAAAUCACGAACUAAAUGCCUACGUUUCCUGCCUUCCUGGCUGGCAUACUUUUACUGUGCAGCAAACAGAAUCUGGCAAGAACCAUAUGCUUCUUGAAAUUCUUAUGGACGGAUCAGUCGUAGCGUCCCAAGAAGUUCGAAAAACAGAAACCUAUCAGGGUCCUCUGUUUGUUGAAGCAUCAAAUGCAUUUGUCUGGCCAGCUGCUUACGAUCAUCUCGUCCGAAACUUCUAUCACCAAGCAAUUUUCCAUGGCGACCCUUGUUUUGACAAAGAAAACUGCACCACUUUCAUCGAUGCUUCUUCAAUCUCACCCUCAGAAAACAACCAGAUCGCAACUGUCACAGCCGCUGUCAACCACAAAACAUCAGUCGAAAUUCUCUGCAAUCAUGACAUGCCUAUUGCCGGCGUCCAUUACCAGCUUCUCCACAUGACCAAAGAUGAUGGAACAAGAACUCUUGGAGAUCGUUUCUUUUCUUUCUGGCGAAGGCAUACGAGCCAAGAAAUACUCAUCAACUACGCUUCUCCUAUCGGCAAUCAGUGGGGCGAGACCGGUCGCUUCUGGGAUUGCGUUCCUGGCGAGUGGAAUACUUACACUCUCGAGCAGCGGCAGGAUAUUGAUAAACCUUUCAUGACCACUUCCACGGUCUACAUUGAUGGAGUCAAUGUCCAUUCUGUCCGCGCUGAAACGAGCGAAAUCCUCAAGGACGUUCCCAUCAAAGUCUUUCUUUCCAAAGGUCUCCCAGCUGCCGCUUUUCAAAUCCGAAAUUUCUUCUACCAAACUUUCGCCGAGCUUCCAUACGAAGAGCCAACUGCCGCUCCCUGCUCUGACGGGCGAGAAAACUGCUUCGAAUUCGUUGGCUCAGUACCUGUUGUUCCAGAACUAAACCUCCGAAAAGCCACAAUCACUGCUCACGCCAACAACGAGAUCUCGGUUGAUAUUAAAUGCGGAACGAUGAACGACAACGUGCACAACAGCAUUGUCGAGAUCACCAGUGGCGCCGCUAGAGGCGUCCUUGGAGAGCGAGUUUUCAUGAUUUGGGAAGCGCCAAUUGGUCGACCAGGAAAACUGUUAAUCAAUGUUGCUGAUCCGACUGGAGUCAAAAACGAUACCGGAUUCUGGUUCGAUUGCAACGAUGGCGACUGGAACACCUACAAACUCUCUCAGCGACAAAACGCCGGCGAUCCUGCACUCACGGACAUUGUUUUCACCAUUGAUGGGGUCACCAAACACACCCGCCAAGUGCCAACUGCUGAUGUUUUCCGAAAUGAUGACAUCAAAGUCUACGCUGGUCGAUGGCACCCAGCAAUCAAUUACGAAAUCAGAAACUUCAGCUAUCAAUUCUUUGAUGACAUCCCUCUCGGCCCCCAGAACUGCAACGACGUGGACAACUGCGUGAUCGUCGGUGUUGAUUCCGUCUCUCCCGUCCAGGGCAAUCUUGCCGCCACAAUCACCGCCGUCAAGAACUACAAAUUCUCGAUCGACAUCAAGUGCGACCACUCUCUCCCCUUCAACGGCUUUAAAAACAUCUUCCACGUGACCACAGGCCCCAACGACGGCGUCUACGGUUCUCGCCAGUUUGCGAUCUGGAGAUCGAGCAAUGAGAACAAAAUGCACAUCACUUGGGCGAAUCCAAAAGCAGCUGCUGGUUACUCGAGAAAUUACUUCCACUGCAACGAUGGAGAAUGGAACACAUACACUUUUGAACAAUGGCAACAGGCACCCAACCAGCCUCAAUGGAUCUGGCACAAACUUUCCAUCGAUGGAGUAAAAAUCGACGCCAAGCGAUUUAACGACAACGACUAUCCAGUCCUCGACGGCGAGCAGAUGAACGUCUGGAUCUCCAACGAAGCUGCCGACGCUGCUUCUACCUUUGAAAUCAGAAUCUUCUCUUACGAAAAAUACCCAGACGUUUAA